AUGUCAAAGAUGGAAACCGACGAAAACACCCACACCAUUGACGAGGGUCUCUAUUCUCGCCAACUUUACGUGUUGGGCCAUGAAGCCAUGAAGAAAAUGAGCGUUGCUCACGUCCUUGUUGUGGGUCUUAAGGGCCUUGGUGUCGAAAUUGCCAAAAACGUUAUUCUUGCUGGUGUCAAGAGUGUUACUCUUUAUGACAAGACGCCUGCCACUAUCUCUGAUCUUUCGGCACAGUUCUACUUGCGACAAGAUGAAGUGGGCCAACCCCGUGCUCAAGUCUCUCAACCCCGCCUUGCCGAAUUGAAUCAAUAUGUGCCCGUCCAUGUCCUUGAAGAUGACUUGAAUGAAGAGACAUUGAAGCAAUACAAGGUGGUCGUCGUCACUGAGAUGCCCUGGAGCAAGCAGUUGGAAGUCUCUGAAAUCUGUCAUGCCAACAAUAUCCAUUUCAUCUCCACUGAAGUCCGUGGUCUUUUUGGUCGUAUCUUUAACGAUUUCGGUUCCAAAUUUGAAGUCAUUGAUGCUACCGGUGAAGAGCCCUUGACAGGCAUGGUUGCUGCCAUCACCAAUGAUACUGAAGGUGUUGUCACAUGUCUCGAUGAAACUCGUCAUGGUCUUGAAGAUGGCGACUAUGUUACCUUUACUGAAGUCAAGGGUAUGGAUGGUUUGAACAGCUCUGCUCCUCGCAAGGUCAAGGUGCUUGGUCCUUACACUUUCAGCAUUGGUGAUACCUCCAACUUGUCCGAGUAUAAGAGCGGUGGUAUUUUCGCCCAAGUCAAGAUGCCCAAAUACGUUGAUUUCUUGUCCUACAAGGAAGCACUUGCCAAGCCUGAAUUCUUGAUUUCCGACUUUGCAAAGUUCGAUCGCCCUAUGCAACUUCAUCUUGCUUUCCAAGCUCUUCAGCAAUUUGUGGAGAAGAACCAGCGAUACCCCAAACCUAGAAACGAACAGGACGCUGUUGAAGUAUUGGAACUCACAAAGGCACUUGUUGGCACUGUUGAGGACAAGCCUGAAUUGGAUGAAAAGCUCAUCAAGGAGCUUGCCUACCAAUCGGCUGGUGAAUUGUCGCCUAUGGUAGCUGUCUAUGGUGGUCUUGGUGCUCAAGAAGUUCUCAAGGCAUGCAGCGGCAAAUUUAGCCCUAUCCACCAAUUCAUGUAUAUGGAUUCCCUUGAAUCGAUGCCUGAAAGUGUCAACCUUAGUGAGGAGUUGUGUGCACCUACCGGCUCUCGUUACGAUGGUCAAAUUGCUGUCUUUGGCCGUGAAUUCCAAGAAAAGAUCGCCAAUACCAAGGAAUUCCUUGUUGGUGCAGGUGCUAUUGGAUGUGAAAUGCUCAAGAAUUGGGCCAUGAUGGGUGUUGGUGCUGGCAAGGAUGGUGCUUUGUUCAUCACUGAUAUGGACACGAUUGAAAAGAGCAACUUGAACCGUCAAUUCCUUUUCAGACCUGCCGAUGUUGGCCAAUUGAAAUCUGAGACUGCUGCCAAGGCUGUCACUGCCAUGAACCCCGAUUUGAAAGACAAGAUCACCGUUUACCAAGAACGUGUUGGCCCUGAUACCGAGAAUAUCUACAAUGAUGAAUUCUUCGAUGCUUUGUCGGGUGUCACUAAUGCAUUGGACAAUGUGGAAGCUCGUAAAUACAUGGAUCGACGAUGUGUCUACUAUCACAAGCCGCUCUUGGAAUCGGGUACCCUUGGUACCAAGGGUAACACCCAGGUGGUCAUUCCCUUCGUUACCGAAUCCUACUCUUCCUCUCAAGAUCCUCCUGAAAAGUCUAUCCCUAUUUGUACGCUCAAGAACUUCCCCAAUGCUAUCGAGCACACCAUUCAGUGGGCUCGUGAUCUCUUUGAAGGUUUCUUCAAGCAGCCUGCUGACAAUGUCAACCUUUAUUUGACCCAACCCAACUUUGUCGAGAGCACAUUGAAGCAAGGUGGCAACCAAAAGGAUACAUUGGAGACCGUUUACAACUUUUUGGUGGGCGAGAAGCCAUUAUCUUUUGCAGAAUGCAUUGCAUGGGCUAGAUUCAAGUUUGAAGAGCUUUAUCACAACAACAUUAUGCAAUUGCUCUUCAACUUCCCUGUUGACUCGGUCACUUCCACUGGUCAAUUGUUCUGGUCCGGUCCUAAGCGUGCACCUACCCCACUUCAAUUCGAUCCCAACAACACCGCACAUAUGGACUUUAUUGUCUAUGCUGCCAAUCUUCACGCAUUCAACUAUGGCCUUAAGGGUGAAACGGAUCGUGAGGUGUUCCGCCGCGAGCUUGAGAACAUUAUUGUUCCCGAAUUCAAGCCCAAGGAAGGUGUCAAGAUUCAAGUUCAAGAGAACGAAAAUGUGGAUCAGGAUAACCCAUCAGACUCUAUUGAUGAGGUUGUGAACAAGCUUCCUUCUCCAUCCACUCUUGCUGGCUUCCGCUUGUCACCCUGCGAAUUUGAAAAGGAUGAUGAUACCAACUUCCACAUUGAUUUCAUUACCGCCGCUUCCAAUUUGCGUGCCAUGAACUAUGACAUCAACCCUGCUGACCGACACAAGACCAAGUUCAUUGCUGGCAAGAUCAUUCCUGCUAUUGCUACCACUACUGCUUUGGUGACGGGUCUUGUUUGUCUUGAACUUUACAAGAUCAUUGAUGGCAAGAAGAAGCUUGAUGACUACAAGAACGGUUUUGUCAACCUUGCUCUUCCCUUCUUUGGCUUCUCUGAACCCAUCGCAGCACCUACGUCAGAAUACAAUGGCAAGACCUUCACAUUGUGGGAUCGUUUCGAUAUUGAAGGCGAUAUCACUCUUCAAGAAUUCAUUGACUAUUUCAAGAAUGAGCACAAGCUUGAAGUGACCAUGGUAUCAUCAGGCGUGUCCAUGUUGUACUCUUUCUUUAUGCAAAAGAAGAAGGCUGAGGAACGUCUAAAGAUGAAGCUUUCAAAGUUGGUCGAAACCGUAUCCAAGAACCCUAUUCCUCCCCACGUCAAGGCCAUUAUCUUUGAGAUUUGUGCAAAUGACGUAGACGAUGAAGAUGUCGAGGUUCCUUAUGUGCGUGUCAAGAUCAGGCCGUAA